UAUAAAAGGGCCGGAGUCCGCGGCGAAGGCAGAGACCCAACCCCGAGCGAACAAGAAUCCCCGGAGCGAUGCGCAGGAUGGCCCCCCUCUGGCUCGCCCUCUGCUGCCUGGCCGCCUGGCCCGCCGGGGGACGCUCGGACAGCGAGGCACCGCCGACCGCCAAUGGAAGUGACCAGCCCCCACUAGCACAGUUCCCGGGUGAGUUGUCCCAACACGACGUUAUUCCGGAUGUGAUUUCUCGGGAGUUCCUGCUCCAGAAGAUUCAGGAAAAGCUGGGAGAAGACCUCCCCAUACUGGUCCAUGGGGAGCCCCAACCGGUCCCCCUGCACCCCAGAGGGCGAAGACCCCCUUGCAGGGGGGUGGGCUGCACCCGCAAGCUCCCCCUCUACAAGCUGGAAGAAUUCCCACCAGGCCGCCCCUCCCUCGGCAACCUGCAGGCCCUCUGCUCCGUGGGGCGGAAGAAGCCCAGCUACGGGCCCUGGAACCUGCCCCAGACCAGCUUCAGCCACCUGUCGCGCCAGGGGGAGACCCUGAACCAGCUGGAGGCCCAGUUCACCCGCUGCUGUCAGCUGGGCCAGGAUCAGAAGCUCUCCUGUGCCUCCAACGAGUGGGAAAAAGGCCUGACCCGGUUUUGCAAGCAGGAGUUCUCCAUCAAGACACGCCCCUUCCACUGUUGUCGUGUGGGUGCCCGCGAGGGCCGGUUUGCCUGCUUCGCCAGCCAAGCCCCCUUCCCCAACUACGAGGGCGAAGGGGCAUCGCUGGACCUGGCCAAUCUCACCACCCCCAUCCUGGACUCCAUCUGCAGCCAAGUGUCCGGCCAGGCCAAGCAGAGGCCCAACCCGGCUUUAGUCCAGAACAUCACAGACGCUUGUUGCAAACUGCCCAAGAGUGAACGGACCCUUUGUGCCGAAGAAGUGAAAUCGCAGUUCAUCACUGCUUUCUGCGGCUCCCAGAGGCGUGCCUGGAAGGACCCCCAGAACUGCUGUGCCCAGACAGAGGAGGCUGCCCGCAACGACUGCUUCGACCGCAGCUACCUGGGACACGUCUCCCUUCUCCGCCGCCAGCAGGAGGAGGAGGAGGAGGCAGACGUGCUUCCCACCCUGACCAUCACCUGAACCCUCCUGGGGCCUGAUCCUGCCCUGCUCAAAGCCCCCCCCCCAACCUGUCCCUGCCUCUCCUUCCCUCUGGCUGGUUCCCUCCCCAAAUCUGGGGUGGAACCAGGAACCUUCUUGCUCCACUGACUUUAUAAUCAAAGAGGGCCCGUGGAGACCCUCCCUCCAAUGCACUUUAUCUCCUUGAUAGAAGCCGCAGGCCGGUCACAGCCAGCUGAGCGGGGGAGGGGAUUCUGCAGCUCCUUCUGGGCUUUGCUGCUGGAGAGCAGUUGGUGGCCUUUGUAGGAAUCUGGGAGGACAGAAACGGGGUCCUGCGUGUGCCCCACAGACCUCCCCUGGCUUGGCCAGCCAGCCCAGGGGACGUCGCUGCCUCCCAAUGGGGCUGCUCCAGAUCCUUCUCACCUCUCUAGUCCAUAGUGGAUCCCUGCAGAAGGAUCAGCCGUGGCUCGUCUGCUCCAUCUAAAGGGAUCGACUGGAUCUUUAAGAUCCAGACUGGGGCAGCUUUGUUUUUUAAAGAGAGGGACAGGAACAGAAGCCCCAAGAACUGGAGGAAGGAACUGAUUUAUGCCGAGCUUCCAAGCUGCAGCCCCCUCCCCACCGUGCCCGCAGGUCUCCCAAACGAAGAAGGGAAGAAGGGCGCAGCAGUAACCAAGAUGGCCCUUGCCAGCCCCAAAGGCGGGCGGUGGUGGCCGGCUGGCGUCUUGCAUUCCUGACUGGUGAUCGAUCCUAAACUCUUCGCUUGUAACAAAUGCCUGACUCCUAUUGCGAGGAAGGGAUGACGUGGUCCCAUGCCAGAGGCAGAGGGCUCAAUAAAUAAACCACUUUUUGAAAAAAAGAA